AAGUAGGUUCCUGAAAUUAAAAUAUCUCAGACCAUGAGGAUCAUCAUUAUCGGAGGCGGCAUCUCUGGCUGCGCAGUAUAUCUCCAACUCAAAAAGCAUCUCCCCCAGGCCAAUACAUCCUCUCAGCAGGAGAUAAUCAUCUACGAAGCUUACGACACAGGGAUAGACACAAAGGAUGAAAACUGCGAUGGUCAACCCCAUUCCUCCACGCUAGUCGUCGGCGGCGGACUCGGGCUCUUCCCCAACGGCCUCAAAGUUCUGGAACGGUUGGAUGAGGACAUCCUCCGUGAUAUUGUUUGCGGCGGAUAUGUUAUCGCGCACCAGAAUAUGAAAUCAAAGAAUGGAACAUUACUUCUAAGAAUGGAUCCUAGUUCGGAUCCUGACCCAUCGCGGGACGGAAAACGCAUGCAUCUGCUUGGGAUAAGCCGACAUUCAUUGUGGAGUAACUUGCGAAGAAGGGUCCCAAGUUGUGAUAUACAAACGAAGCGGGUGUCGAAGGUUGUCGCGAACGAGCAUGGAAGCAAUGUGGUUUACUUUGCGAACGGGAGUCCGCCUGUUGAGGCAGACCUGGUCAUUGGUGCCGAUGGAGUUAAAGGGAUCACGAAACAGGCCUUGUUCCCCAACCAGCAGAUAUGCAAGCCCGAAUACCAGGGCCUUGUUGGUGUUGGCGGCUUUAUCUCUACGAAAGAAGUACAAGGUCUGGUCGAAAAGGGCUCGAUGAACCUGGUCUUUGGCGGCAAUGGGUUCUUCGGGUACUUUUACUCAAACAGCGCCUCGUCCGCACAGCAGAUGGGCUCAGCAUACGACAUUUCCGAGCCUGGAGAGACCUUGGCAUGGUGGUCAACAUACGCCGUCGACGAAUGUCCCGACCCUAAGUCCCUGGACAUGGACGCCGUGGCAAAACAACUACGCGAGAGACAUGCGCAGUGGAAAGACCCGGUCAUUCAGAAGAUUCUGCCUUCGUUACAGGUUAGGAGCAUGUACCCAACAUGGACGACCCCUCAACUUCCCACGUGGGAGAAAAACGGCGUUGUCCUAAUUGGCGACGCAGCGCAUGCCCUCCCAUCUACAUCAGGCCAAGGCUCCUCGCAGGCCCUGGAAGAUGCUGAGGCGUUUGCCGUACUGCUUAGCCAUACUCUCCGUGGUGUAUAUAAGAAGGACUCUGCAGACGCUAUCACAAAAAAGGAGGCCAUCACGACGGCUGCGAAGCAGUAUGAGGCGAUUCGCUACCCCCGAGUGCAGGAGAUUUUAGAAAAUGCACAGCGGAUGCAGAAUAGCAAGCGGGAUAUGGGCCCUAUAGCUGACUGGCUUCUGCUUGCUAACAUUUCUAGGAUGUUUCCCGAAUAUAUUGUCGCGUUUCCAGAAGAAGGUGAUUAA